AUGCGUUCACCUCAUUUGGCUGCUUUAUCUGUUAUUGAUGCACAAGGUAGACAUGUUAGUCUUCUCAACGACAUUCCUGAACCCAUCCACCACCAUUCAUACGCAACCAUCCAUGUUGGAAAGCGUCGUUACCAUUGCAACAACCCUGGAUGCAAUAAGAGCUUCACCACAAGUAGUAGUCAUCUUUCACGACACAAGCGUAUCCACACAGGCGAGAGAAACUUCCAUUGCUUGUAUCCAGGUUGUCCUUCCCGGUUCUCUCGGCAAGAUAACAUGAUGCAACAUUACCGCACUCAUAUGGCACCAAGAUCACGUCGGAAACAACAUCAUCCAUAUCCAUACCCUUCAUCAUCUCCGGAAUCCACCAGCAGCAUUCACACGAGGGGAACUACCAUUCACAAAAUGAUCAUGGCCCCUGUACCUUUAAAACAUGCAUUUAUUUGUUCGGAUGCAUUAUAUACGGUUUAUCGGCCAUGUAGUCCUCCUUUACCAUCACCACCCUUGUCGCCACCACCACCAUCACUUUAUCGGAAUAGCAGCCUAUUUUCUGCUACACCACCACCACGUACAUUAGAACCAGCCAUUGAAUCAUCACCGCUUAUCCAUUCACCAUUGAAGCAUCAUCAUGACAAGCACAUCCCAUCAUCAUCAUCAUCAAGCUUUCCUACGACAUCCAAUCUAGCAUUACAUAGGCACGCUUUAAAAAGUUUUGGUUAG